UACUUCUCAGUAUUUUCCAUUGUCAAUUAGUAUAAUCCUCCAUAUAAUAUAAAAAUUUGUAAUUUGUGAACUAUUAGAGAAUUAAUAUGGGAAGAAAGAAGAAAAAGGUUAUCAAACCAUGGUGCUGGUAUUGUAAUCGUGAUUUUGAAGAUGAAAAAAUUUUAAUGCAACAUCAAAAAGCGAAACAUUUUAAAUGCCAUGUUUGUCAUAAGAAGUUGUUCACUGGGCCCGGUCUUGCGAUACACUGCAUGCAGGUGCAUAAAGAAAAUAUUUCUGAAGUCCCUAAUGCAGUACAUGGUCGCACAGACAUUGAAAUUGAAAUUUACGGAAUGGAAGGCAUACCAGAAGAAGAUAUAAGAGAACACGCAAGAAUAAAACAGAAUCAAGGUGGCCCAAGUGCGAAGCGUAAAAAGGUCGAGGACUCUGAUGAUUCAGACGAUGAUGAUAAUAAUGUGCCACAAAUGCCAUUUCCUGGCAUGGUACCUCCAAUGGGUAUGCCUGGCAUGAUGCCCAUGCCAGGCAUGCCACCUGGAAUGAUGAAUAUGAACAUGAAUAUGCCUCCUAUGGGUAUGAUGGGUGGCCCUAUGAUGCCGCCCGGGUCCAACAUGAUGGGUCCAGGGGGAAGAUGGCCAAUGCCUGGCAUGAUGCCUAAUAUGAUGAUGCCAGGCAUGAGGCCUGGAAUGAUGGGUCCUCCUGGUGGUCCCAUGUCAAUGAAUCCUGGCAUGCCACCGGGAAAUGUCCCUGGACCAAUGCCGAAAAAUGGGGCUGAAGGAGGCUCAUCAGAUUCAAAAACUGAGUCUAAUGACCAAUCAGCCCCUUUACCAAAACCACUAUUUCCCGCAGCAUCCCAAAUUCAGCAAAAUUUGAAAAAUUCCACUGAGGGUAGCAAUGAAACAACUCAAUCAUCUUCAAAAUCUACCAUAUCGUCUGGAAGUAGGCUAAUCCAUCCAGAUGAUGAUAUUUCAUUAGAAGAAAGACGUGCAAGAUUUCCAAAAUACAAAAAUCGUUAUGGACCUGGUUCAGACGAACCUCUACCACGUCAAGGUAGUCAUGAUAUACAUCGUGGUGGUGUUGGUGACUAUCCACCAAAACAUGGUGGCGAUUUUCAACCUCCACGUCAUCACCAUAACAUGCCACCACAUAUGAAUCCAGGUAUGCGUGGACGUGGUAGGCCUUACUAGAUAAUUAGAUAAGUUACUCAAAAAGUAUAAAAAAAAUUUGAGACAACAAUUUCAUUAAUUAACAUUCUAUUUCUACUGAAUUGAUGUUGGAACUACCUUCUGGUAUAUAGCACAAGCUGUUAUUACAUAUACCUGUCUUUGAUAAAGAUUAAGAAAUGGUAGUUGAUUUUGAUAUCAAGCUAUGGAUGUUGUACUUCGUGAUAGGACCAAGUUGGUGCACAAAUAUGAUAUGUUGUAUUAUAAUAAUGGCGUUCUAGCAAUAUGAACAAAGUUUUCGGAUUUUGUUUAUUCCCCACCUUUCAUGCCACAGUACCAUUCAUAAAUCUCUGUAUUUUAUCUUGUAACAAAAUAACUAUUCUAUUAAAUACUAAAUCAAUUUGUUGUUUUUCUAAUUCAGUUUUUGAAGAAAAAGCAUCAAAUUUAAGAGAAUUUUGGCUUUUUGGGUAGGGUUGUGUGACCAUGUACUUUCAAUUAACAUUAAUAUGAAUGUUAAUUUGAAAGACCUUUUUUUGAAGUACCUUGUUCCCUAAUCUAAAUGAAAAUAUUUUUGGAAUGAAAAAUUUGAAUUUGUUUAUUGUGCCUAAUUGUUUUUGAUGUAUUACCAUGCGUGGUCAUUGAUAAGACACACAUUUUUAUAUGUGCCUUUUCUUUGGCCAAGUGUAAUUUCCCCAUCAAUUCCUAUACCGAUCCUUGUGGUGAAGUUGGUUGUGUUUCAAGAAUUUGUGGUUUAGGUGUUUAUGGGGAUUGUUCGAAAAUUUGUAUCUUAUUAUUUAGGAGAAGAUAUUUCAUUUAUUUUGGAUAAAAAUUUACGCUUUGGAAGACGAAGUCAUAAAAAAUAACGAUUAAAAUUUGUGUUUGAAUGGCGUCGUUUUAUUUCAUUUUUUUUAUUUGACGAGAUCUAAAUAUUCUGGAUCAUGCGAGAUUGGGGUCAUUUUUAGAAAGUUUAAAUAAUGACCCAUACCGUUGGGAUGUAAAUACCACAGCUGUGUUUUGUAGUUUCGUCCAGUGGUAUACAUUUCAAGAAAAAAAUUGAAAGCUUUUUUGUUUGAUGUUUUUCAUUUUUGCACAAGAUUGAAAUUGUCCCUUCACACCCCAGAGAAUUUCAAUACAAAGUUGUUGAAAAUACAAUGGAGUAGGUAUGUAUUUGCCAUUGAAAGAAACUCUUUGUGUGGAUGAUUGAUAUAGAUUCCUUUCAGUUAUCGUUAAAAUACUGCAUGAAUAUAUUAAAAACGAAUUUCAAAUUUUCAAAAUAUAGUUGUAUUAAUAGAAUUCAAAACAUGAUGGCACUUCAUUGGUUGUCCAUGUUUUCGCCUAGAGAUCAGUCUCUUCUGAAUGUCAUUGCUUUGAGAAAUUAUUUAAUAAUGGGAAGAUUUUUUAAAUAAAUUUUUAGGCAUAAGUUGUGUUUCAUCAUAUAUUUGACUAUGAGUUCAUUCCAGGAAGAUAUUCAGAUUAUCAAGCCAUUAGGCGAAACCAUUUCUAACAAGGCUGGGGGCAAAAUGCCUGUUUUGAUUUUCCAUUCAUUUUCAAUCUUUCAAGCACAAAACUGAAUCUAUGUAUAUUUCGUUACUUGCAUUUCUCCUGAAUGUAUAUUACAUAAUUCAGCCAUAUUUUUCUAUUAAUCUUGCAAAAAUUUUCGUGUUUUGAAUGGUUUAAAAUUUAACAAUUGGUGGCAAUAGAGAGCCAUGAUACAUUCUCCAUAUUGUAUGAUAUGUACCAGAGUACAGAAGUGGAGUAUUUCUUUUCACUGUCUCAUACUACUUGUUUUUGAUACUUGUCAAUAG